UUUAAUCAAGAUCUCUAGCCCCGCCCAUUAGCGUAAUUCUUGCGUAAGCUCGGAACUUCAGCAAAGUUAACUAAUACGAGAUUUCAGAAAAUAUAAAGUAUCAUUCGAAAGGUGAACAUCGUCCUGCAAUAUGCCAGUGCAAAUAAUUUGGUCCGCGGUAGGAGCUACGAUUUUUCCACAAUUAGGAGGAUGGGUGGGCGGCCUCAUCACCAGGAAUAAUAUAAAUCCGUGGUACGAGUCCCUACGUAAGCCGAGCUGGCGGCCUCCAAACUGGGCUUUCGGCCCUGUGUGGACGACCCUCUACACCGGAAUGGGAUACGCCUCUUACUUGGUAUGGCGUGACGGCGGGGGUUUUUCGGGCGAAGCCGGCUAUCCCUUGAUCCUCUACGGCAUCAACGUCGGAUUGAACUGGGCGUGGACACCGAUUUUUUUCGGCGCAAAGAGCUUGAAAUGGAGCUUCUAUGAAAUAGUGAUGUUACUGGGAAGCACCGCCGCUACAACUGUCGCCUUUUAUCGGGUCAAUAGAACGGCCGGUUAUUUGCUCAUCCCGUAUCUUCUAUGGGGCUCUCUUGCUACAGCCUUGAACUAUGUCAUCUACAGGGACAACCCCACCCCUGCGAUACCUGAUAAGAAGAUUUAGCAGAUUGAGCCUGAUCACUUCAGGUAUAUAUGUAUACAUGGUAUUAGGGUAUGGUUACGUCGAUCUCGGAUUAUAUUUUAUAUGUCUCGGAAUACAAUAUUUUUUGUAUCAAUUGCACUUACUAUUCAAUUUCGUUUGAAUUGUCGUUGGGUAAAAAGGUAUACGAGACUGGUAGUAUAGCUCUUUAUUACUUGAUAUGAAAGAAAAAUGAUUUGGCCAUUUACGAAUAAACUGCAAUACGCAUA